GGCUGCGGGAGCCGCGCUCAGCGCGCACCUCGGGGCUGCGGGGGCUGCGGGAGCCGCGCAGGAACCGCGCAGGAGCCGCGCCGGGCCGGGCAUGUCCCCCCCAUCCCCGCCCAGGUAUUGGAAAUCUGACUGAAGUCUCCAUAUCAUGCACUGGAGAAGACUGAAGGCAGCCUGAGGUUUCCAAGGAGCCCCRUUCCGUGCUGGGUGUGACUGGAGGGCUCUGCUCUGUCCCAGUGCUGAAGAUGAGGCUGCUCUGGGAGCUGCUGGUGCUGCAGUCGGUCAUGGUGUGCCUGGCAGAUGACAGCACCCUGCACGGGCCGGUGUUCCUGCAGGAGCCCAACAGCCUGAUCUUCCCCCUGGACUCCGAGGAGAAGAAAGUGAAGCUGAGCUGUGAAGUGAAGGGGAAUCCCAGACCAACCAUCGGGUGGAAGUUAAACGGGAGCAGCAUCGACGUGGGCAUGGAUUAUCGCUACAGCCUGCUGGAGGGCAGCCUGCUGAUCAAUAAUCCYGAUCAAAACCUGGAUGCUGGCACCUACCAGUGUGUGGCAACAAACCCCUUYGGAACCAUCGUCAGCACGGAGGCCAAGCUGCAGUUUGCCUACCUGGAGAACUUCAAGACCAGGACGAGGAGCACGGUGUUUGUGCGGCAGGGCCAGGGCAUGGUGCUGCUCUGCGGGCCCCCGCCUCAUUCCGGAGAGCUGACCUACGCGUGGAUCUUCAACGAGUACCCGUCGUUCGUGCACCAGGACAGCCGGCGCUUCGUGUCACAGGAGACUGGAAACCUCUACAUUGCCAAGGUGGAGAGCUCRGAYGUGGGCAACUACACCUGYGUGGUGACCAACACGGUGACCAAYGGCCGYGUCCUGGGGCCACCAACRCCUCUGGUGCUCAGGAAYGAYGGGGUGAUGGGAGAGUAUGAGCCCAAAAUAGAAGUGCAGUUCCCAGAAACGGUUCCGUCUGCRAAAGGAACAACGGUGAAAUUGGAGUGCUUUGCCUUGGGCAAGAGUUAUUUGUGGCCAAUUCCCAGGAAAGCACGGCGCCACCGAUCCAGCGGGCUCCUGGAAAUCCCAAAUUUCCAGCAGGAGGACGCUGGGGUCUACGAAUGUGUGGCUGAAAACGUGAGGGGGAAGAACGUGGCCCGAGGACAGCUGACGUUUUAUGCCCAGCCCAGCUGGCUCCAGCGCAUCGGGGACGUGCGCGUGGCCAUGGAGGAGCGCGUGUCCUGGGAGUGCCGCGCCAGCGGCCGCCCCAAACCCUCCUACCGCUGGCUGAAGGACGGGGAGCCGCUGCUGCCACAGGGCAGGCUGCAGCUGGAGCAGGGCUCUCUCACCAUCCCCAACGUGAGUCUGUCGGAUGCUGGGAUGUACCAGUGCACUCUGUUUUUUCCAGAGGGAAUUCUGACCUGGUUUGUGUUGAYUUUGCUUUCAGCCAUCGGUCCAGACUUUUCCAAAACUCUCCUGAAGAAGUUGACUCUGGUGAAAGUGGGAGGUGAAGUCAUCAUCGAGUGCAAACCGAAAGCCUCCCCCAGACCUACUUAUUCUUGGAAGAAAGGAAAAGACAUCCUGAGAGAGAACGACAGGAUCACCGUUCUGGACGACGGGAGCCUGCGCAUUGUUAACGUCACCAAGUCGGACGCGGGCAGUUACACCUGCGUGGCCACCAACCACUUCGGGACGGCGAGCAGCACGGGCAGCCUGGUGGUCAAAGAUCCCACCCGGGUCAUGGUGUCCCCUUUCAGCAUGGAUGUCACCGUUGGGGAGAGCAUUGUCCUGCCUUGCCAGGUGUCCCACGACCACUCCCUGGACAUUGUGUUCACCUGGUCCUUCAACGGGCACCUGAUAGACUUUGAGAAGGAUGGGGAUCACUUYGAGAGGGUUGGAGGGCAGGAUUCAGCUGGUGAUUUGAUGAUCAGGAGCAUCCAGCUGAAGCAUGCAGGGAAAUACGUCUGCAUGGUGCAAACAAGUGUGGACAAGCUAUCAGCUGCUGCAGACCUGAUUGUAAGAGGUCCCCCAGGCCCCCCUGAGGCCGUGACCAUCGAUGAGGUGACAGACACCACUGCCCAGCUGUCCUGGCGGCCGGGGCCGGACAACCACAGCCCCAUCACCAUGUACGUGGUGCAGGCACGCACCCCCUUCUCGGUGGGGUGGCAGGCAGUGAGCACAGUUCCCGAGAUCAUCGAUGGCAGGACCUUCACAGCCACGGUGGUGGGGCUGAACCCGUGGGUGGAGUACGAGUUCCGAGUGGUGGCUGCCAACCUGAUCGGGAUCGGGGAGCCCAGCAGGCCCUCGGAGAAGAGAAGAACUGAAGAAGCUCUCCCUGAGGUGACCCCAGCCAAUGUCAGCGGUGGUGGAGGCAGCAAGUCAGAGCUGGUCAUCACCUGGGAGACGGUGCCYGAGGAGCUGCAGAACGGGGGUGGCUUUGGCUACGUGGUGGCGUUCCGGCCCUUGGGCACRGUCAGCUGGAUGCAGACGGUGGUGGCCUCGCCCGACGCCGCCCGAUACGUGUUCAGGAACGAGAGCCUGCCCCCCUUCUCGCCCUAYGAGGUCAAGGUCGGCGUUUACAACAACAAAGGGGAAGGUUCCUUCAGCCCUGUCACCGUGGUCUACUCAGCAGAGGAAGAGCCAACGAGAGCCCCGACCACCGUUCUGGCCAGGAGCCUUUCUGCCUCGGACGUUGAAGUUUCGUGGGCACCUCCAUGGGAGAGCCAGCACAAAGGAAGGAUACAGGGAUAUGAGGUGCGGUGCUGGCAGCACGAGGAGAAGGAGGAAAACGCCAAAAGGAUCCGCACRGUGGGGAACCAGACCUCCACCAGGGUCAGCAACCUGCGGGGCAAUGCCCUGUACCACCUGGCAGUGCGAGCCUACAACACGGCGGGCACCGGCCCCUCCAGCGCCGCCGUCAACGUCACCACCAAAAAACCCCCACCCAGCCAGCCCCCCGGGAACAUCGUGUGGAAUUCAUCCGACUCCAAGAUCAUCCUCAACUGGGACCAGGUGAAAGCCUUGGACAACGAGUCCGAAGUGAGGGGCUACAAAGUYCUGUACAGGUGGAACAGGCAGAGCAGCACGUCUGUCAUCGAAACAAACAAAACCUGGGUGGAGCUGUCGCUGCCCUUCGACGAGGAUUAUAUCAUCGAGAUCAAACCCGUCAGCGACGGCGGCGACGGCAGCAGCAGCGAGCAAAUCCGAAUCCCAAAGAUCUCGAAUGCCUAYGCCAGAGGCUCGGGCUCGUCGACCUCCAGCGCCUGCACCCUGUCAGCCCUCAGCACAAUCAUGAUCUCACUCACAGCCCGCUCCAGUUUAUGACAACAAUGGCAUCGAGGACUUCUUCUUUAUAAUAUAAGCAACAUUUAGCUAGUUGUUUUGGAGACACCCAGUACUAAGUAAUAUUGUGGUUUGAGUACAUCUUACUACUGGAAAAAAAAAAAUGUUUAUGCUUCUUUAGGAAUGGCAUUAUACAGUACUUCCUCAAAGCAAAUAUAGCUUUGUCUGAAGUUUCCUUGGAAACUCUGCAAUGCACUGAAAACAUCUGUAAUAUGAUGUUACCAAAGCAGUUUACAUAUGUCCUUAUAUGCAUAUUUUUUAUUAUAUAUUUAGUGUUUUAUAGAAUUUUUUAAAGUUAACAUAUGAUGUAGAUAUUAAUUUUUUCCUCUGCUAUGAAAUGCUACGGACGACAUUAUCACGGAAAAUAUUUGUUUGGGAUUUUUUCCUUUCUGACGGAGGGUUGGAAGUUGUUCUCGGUACCUUGGCUGGAGUUGACUGUAGGGUUUCACGAGGCAGAACUGACCCAGACCUGGAUUGGAACAGGCUGAAGUGCACUGGCAGCUCCCUGUGUUGAACCAAGUGCUUCUCACACACGUUUUAUCCAGAGCAGGACAAACUCAACGCACGCAGAACACCGGAACCUUGGAAAACCACGUGGGUUUUGGUCGGUUGUGGAUCACAGGACACGCAGCCAACAUUCUGGCACUGUGCAGCGAGGAGGGGCUGUCGUGAAAUUGCUUUUUCUUGAUCAUAAUGAGCAUCAGACGGGGUGGGGAUGGAGAUCCUGCAGAGCUGUGAUCGGUGACAUGACGG